AUCGGGACAUCUGGUCAGCCUAAGACACGGGUCUGUCCUGUGGGCCCAGCCAGGCAUGGAGGAAGGGGUUGGUCUUCUCCACCCUUCCCCGCCUCCCCGUAUGAGAGAGUUGUAUGGGCCUGUGUGUAUGUCCCCUCUCCCUGUGUGUGUGUUUGUGUGUGGGGGGGUAGAUUUGUGUGUCACUCCUCUCCCAUGUGAACCUUAAAGAUAAGAAGGUCAAUAAAAAAAUCCAACUCUGCAGGAGUUCUUUUUAACAGGGGCUCAGGCAACUUGAUGUAAAUUUAAAUAUUUGCACUGCACCGAUCUGAUUAGUUGCCCUUGAACUUGCUUAAAUAUGAGUAAUUUUACCAGGUGUCCAGUAUUGAGCAUGGGAAAUGUGGUCACCCUACUUAUUCCCCACACUGGAUGCUAAGGAUUUUCACCAAAUAUUGAAUCUUGCAGGUCUCCCUCAGUGCCCGCAUUGGCAUCGGCUCGCUCUGGGAGUUGGGUGGGCUGGGAACGUCAUCCUGGCGGGAGCUGUGAUUGUGCUGGGUGUCUGGGUAACCAAAGGAUCCCGCCUGGAGGAUUUCCGAUCUCAACUGAAACAAACACUUUGUGUUUCAUCACUCAGCAACUCCACAGAGGGCUCCGAGUGCAAACUCUGCCCCAGGGAUUGGCUGUCGCAUAGAAGGAAGUGCUAUUGGGUCUCUAAAGAAGUUAAAUACUGGAAGAAGAGCUUUGAAGACUGUAAAGCGAAGACGUCUCAACUGCUCGUGAUCCAGGACCAGGACGAGAUGGAUUUCAUAUGGAAUGUUACAAAAGGUGUCAAUCAUGUUUGGAUUGGACUUAACGUUACAUCCCCUGAGAGGAACUGGAUGUGGGUGGAUGGCUCCCUAGUCAAUCAAACACUGUUCCCAGUAACCGGCCUUGCUGAACAGAACAGUUGUGGGGUGAUGAAGGGGGAACAGAUUCGUUCUGAAAUCUGUGGUGCUGAAUUCAAAUGGGUUUGCCAGAAAGAAGCCUUCCAGAUAUAAAAGCAUCUUUAAGUGUGUAUUGAUGGAACUGAAGUCUAAAGCAUCCACAGUGAUAAUUUGUAAUGUGAUUAUUUUAAAUAAAUCCAUGUUUAAUCAUUUUAA